AUGCCGAUCCGCAAUCCCUUUGCAAGGCGCACGGCCGCCGACGAGCCGGCUCUGCGUCCCGGCUCGGCCGACGUCAGCGCCGUUGGCGACCUCCCGAAGCAGCCGUCCUUUGAGCGCGUCGACACCGUCGGGUCCAUGGCCUCGUCGUCGACAAGCAUGCGCAGCCGCCGCAGCCAAGACACAGGCGAUUACAAAAUGAGUGUCGUCAACGACAGCGGCGUCUACCUACCGCCGUCGCCGACCUCGGAGCGCGACGCCUUUUGGUCGACAUCGGGCGCACACGGCCACGGUAACGGCCACCGCCGCACCUACAUCACAUCCCUGUCGUCGCUGUCUCGGUCGUCUACAGACAACCACAGCAGCAACAACAACAAUGGAAACAGCCCGACAGCCGGCGGCCGCAGCAGCCUCGGUGACAUUGAGCCCUUUUCCAUCUCGCGCGAGUCGUUUGACUCGUACCGCCGGUCCUUUGACAUCUCGGCCAAGUCGCCCGUCGUGGCGGCCAACGAGUGGGGCAGCAGUGCCGCCGGACGGCAAAGCCUGGACUCGUCGACGUUUCGCAGGAACCUCAGCCCCGGCAGCGUCGGCAUUGCCAACGCCAACGCCAACGCCUACGCACGGCCGUCGCGCCUCGCCAACGACCAUCGCUUCCCACCCGCUGACGAAGGCUUCGAGGAGGUCGGCCUCGACGACGGCCGGCAAGGGCAGGCCCAUGCCCAGACGACGGCCAGCCACGCGACACCCACGACCGCGGGCAGUGUCGCCUCCAACUUCAUCCGCAAACGGGGCGCCUUCUUUUCCAAGUUUGGCAGCGACCACACAGCCGAGGGCGGCAAUGCCCCGUUGGGUCGGAAACGGGCCCCGAGCGGCCAGGGCGCCGAGCUGACACCGAUGGACCGGAACACGAGCCGGCCGUUGGCCGCCGUCGCAGCCGAGCCACAAGAGGCGCAAUAG